AGGAAUCAUGGCCCAUGCUCUUCCUGUCCCUUGCCCUGUCCGGCUUGGCAAGUUUAGAACAAAUUCACUGGAGGCAGAAUUGCAUGAAUAUGUAAAGGAAGGGAAUUGCAGGAAAGUGAAAAGGCUUCUGCAACAAGGGAUCUGUGCUGAUGCUGUAAACUCGUUGGGACAGACCGCCCUGUUCAUAGCAGCUUUACUUGGCCUUGGGAAAUUGGUUGAUAUUCUUUUGGAUUUUGGCUCAGACCCUAAUCAUCGCUGUUAUGAUGGGAGUACUCCAGUGCACGCUGCAGCUUUCUCAGGCAAACAGUCCAUCCUUAGUAAGUUGCUAGAGGCAGGUGGAGACCUGCGAGUCCAUGAUGAGAAUAGAAAGAACCCCGAAAGCUGGGCAAUGUCUGCCUCAAAGGAAAGUAGCACCCAGAUGUUGGAGUUUAUCCAGCGUUGCACAACACAAAUGCAGGCCACUCUGCUGAAUUACACCUUGCUCUCCAAGGUUCGUUCUCCAAGAGACCUUGUCUGCAACCCUUCCAGGUUUGGGGGCAUUACGCAAGGAAGGGACCACAGCCCACUGGGAAGAUUCCUAAAAGGCUCAAACAGUUCUGAGAAGAGCAAACAGUCUGGGCGGGCUUUCAGCUUUGGUUUUGGGAAGUUUUAUCUCACUGGCAGCAAGCAGCUGGGCUACCUAUCAACGCUCCCACUCAUUUCAGAAAAAGAGCUGUUCCAGGCUGACAAUGAACAGAGCUUCUCGUUUCUUGCUGGGCCAUACAUGAUUAUGACCAAUUUGAUGUGGGGCGUGACCCGGGUAACAGUGAAGGAGCUGAAUCUGAAACUCCGUCCGAACUGCAGCAAGCGAUACCUGGCUGACCUCCUGCUUGCAGAAAAGGAGCACAGCAGUAAACUCCGUCACCCUCACUUGCUGCUGUUGAUGGCUGAGUCCUUAUCCAUUGACUUGAAGAGAACCCGAUUAGUGUAUGAGAGAGUUAACAUUGGCUCGCUCUACAGCAUCCUUCAUGAAAGGCGCUCAGAGUUUGCAAUCCUGCAUGCCAAAACGAUUGUGCACCUGCUGCUGCAGGUGACUGAAGCCUUGCAGUUUCUACAUGUGCAUGGUUUUGUCCACCGCACAGUCAGCUCCUAUGCAGUAAUGCUUGUAACAAUGUAUGAAGCCCGACUCACCAAUUUGGAGUACAUGAUUGAAAGCAAAGAUGGCGGAGAGCGGAGUGACCUGACUCGGGUGCCCAUCUCCUCUCGGCUGUUCAGGUGGUGCUCACCGGAAGUGAUCGCUGAAAAGGCUCCUACGGAGAAAUCCGACAUCUACAGUUUCUGUGCUGUUGUUCAGGAGGCUCUCACAGAUACUGUUCCUUGGAAAGGGAUCAAGGCUUCAGAGGUUAAGGAUCGCAUACUUUCUGGCUGGUCUUUGGAAACUGAUGCCAGGCUGCCGAAACUGUAUUAUGACUUUGUGAAGGUUGGUCUAGAGUACAGAAAGAAGGACCGCACCAUAAAUCUGGAGGAUAUUCGCUACAUCCUGCAAAAUGACUUCAAGGAUUUGACUGCAUCCCACAGGGACUAUCCCUGUGAAAGUUCCAACGCAACCAUCAUUGAAUCCCAACACAUUAAUAUCUGCUUUCCAUCCUCCUCAGACUUCGGAGUCAAGACACCAGAGCUACAAGGAGAGGAGCCCGUCCAAGCUGUCAGGAACUUUGCUGUGUCAAGUUGUGCUGUCUCCGCACCUGUAAUCGAGGGCACUACUUUCUCCAAGGAUGAGCCUGGAGAAAGAGGAGUCGAACCAAGCCCGAUCUGGGACACAGCUCCUGAACCCCAAGGUGACACCAGCAGUAUGGAUGAGAGCCUCUGCAGCUUUGAAAUACUUGAGAACUACAUACAUUAUUCAGAGUUGUGUGAGGGCAGCGCAGAAGAAGAAGAGUCUACUGGAACGGAUCCAGAAUCCCCCCCAAAGACACAGAUCUCUCCGGAGGACAGGGCAGAAGUCCCAUGGCCACCCGCCGAAGCUGAGAAGAGGCAGAUAAGCUUUAGCGAGGAGGAAAGCGCUUCAGACCCUGAAGCGGAGCACAGCACUGAGAACUUUAGUGAUGGGUCCGAGUCUUUCCAGCUUACCCAAAUAGCACAGGGCCUUGAGGAAUUAAAUACCAAAUGUUUGAGAUGGGACAGCCUGUACGACAAGUGCGCCUCGGACGUAAAAAUUUGUCGAAACUUAUUGCAGCGAUAUUCAGAUCUUGUUGAUAAGAUAAAGGAAUUAGAUGCACAGGAUGCCAGUAGGAAGCAGCCGCUUGCAGAGGACCAAAGGCAGCAGCACUUCCAUGUCCCAUGUCCUCUUGAGGAGGCCUACUUGAAGAGGACGGAGGAGGCCUUGAGUAAGAUCCAGGGAUAUUACACUGGAGACAAGGCGUUACUGUGGAAGGCAGUCGGCCCUCCGUCAAGGGACUACGUUCUUCCACCUCUGCAGGUCUCGUCCAUACCAGGGCCACUGGACACUCAUCUCUUCCGAGCAAGGGAAUACAAAUGCAAGAACGAGAACAGGAGCCAAGACACCACCAUUGGGAACAAUUUUGGAUUGAAUGUGGCCAGUGUUCCUAAAGACAUAGAAGCAGCAGAACCAAACUAUCAGAUCUUGCGCCCACGUGGAAAGAUUGCAAGCACACAGCGAGUUCAAGUGAGCAAGUCGAGCUCUGCAGGGGACGGCACACAACCAAUUCCCGCGAAUGAGUCAAGCUCUACAGGAGAUGGAAUCACCAAGGCAAGGAGGAUCUGUCAGAAACCUGUAUCUGAAGUUUGUGAGUCAGAUUUGACAAGAAAAGAGAGGAGGAUGGCACAGCCUGAGUGGACAAACGAAGUAAGACAGAUGGCGAUCAAAGCAGUUUCUGGGCAACUGGACGAUCUGAUUCAGCACCUCCACAGCAAAUGGACUUCAGAGAUCGAUGAUGAUGAUGAGAAUAUCGAGGAUGCUUUAGAAAGUUCCAGCGAUGCAGCACAAAUCGAGGCCUGCCAGCAAGGACCGCAAGAAUGGCCACAGGCAGAAAAAGAGACUGAAGAUCAAAACUCAGUCUGCAGCACUGAAGGCAAGGGUGACCAGCUUUCAGACAACGAGCCGCAAACCGAAUGUGACACAGCCUCGCACAAGAAUUCAGCCAUUUCUGUCAGCGCUGAAAACCUUUGCAGGGUACAUUGCUAAAUUUAUGUCUG